AUGCAGUCCUCUGUUCCUCCAGCUCGGACUUCCUCGUCUCCGAGGAUCGGCUCAUAUCCGAUCCAAGCAAAGCGAAAGCGGAAAACUCUUUCAUGCUAUGAAUGUAGACGCCGAAAACUGAAAUGUGAUCGCGAGGAGCCUUCGUGUGGCCGCUGUAGAAAAGCCGCACAACCAGAAUUAUGCUCCUAUCUUUAUGAUGUAUCAUCACUAUCUGCGACGCGACAGCCCUCAAACCCUCCAGGUUUGCUUCCGCCGUCGUCGUCUGCCCCGCAACAACCUGAUCCUUCUUCUCAUGGUAUCUCCUCGCGGAACCACCUUGCCUACUCUUCAUUACCACGAGUAGCUUCCCAAUUUCUUGAUAUUAGUGGCAAAGAAUACACCCCAUCCACUGUACAAGCUGUCCAGAAUCAAGGAACAUGGCAACUGUUGGGGCAUGUUUCUCUUGCCGCCAAUGGUGCAGAAGCUAGGCCUGCUAUUAACGCUGAUGUUGCAGAUGUUGCUGCGGGGUCCCAGGAGUCGAUCCCAAAAGAAACGGUUAUUUUCCGCGGAGAGAAUUUCCGAACCCAAUAUUAUGGUGGCAGCAACGCAACUAGCUGUAUCGCUCAUUUUCCAGAACUUCGCUCCUUUAUGAAAGACACAAUCCACAGUCAGACCGCUUUACCACGUGUUCAGCGGGAAUUAAAGUCAUUGCAGGUCAAAUGGAAAGGUAUCAGGGCUGAUGAUGCUUGGUUCCUGACGCAUGAUGAACUACUACAAUUGCUCCCUGACCGAGAGACUUUAGACAGACAUGUCAAUCUGUACUUUGACACUGUCGAAACUACAUAUCGGAUAUUACACUAUCAGAGCUUCCAGAAACAGUACGAGCUGUUGUGGCAAGACCCAAACCAGGUUAAUUCCGCUGUUGUGAUUAUCCUUCUACUCGUCAUGGCCUCUGUUGAGGUCCUUUUUUCGCAUGAACAACCAAAAUACAUUGGUGAUAGUUCCGUGUCCAGGGAACGCGCAAUCUUCUGGAUCGAAGUCUCUGAAAAAUGGCUGGCGCGCCAAAGCUACAAGCACAUGCAUCUUGCCAUCUGGCAAAUCCGCUGCCUAAUUGUAUUCGCCAAGCAGAUCAAUGUUGUGAAGAAAAAACGCAUCUGGACGGAAUCUGGGACACUGUUAAGGGAGGCUAUGUCUGCUGGAUUCCACCGUGAUCCUAGUGUACUAGGAGAGAAGGUUUCCUUUUUUGACCAGGAAAUGCGCAGGCGGCUUUGGGCUACCAUAAUAGAAAUGGAGCUACAGAUCUCAAUCGAUCGAGGAAUGCCUUCUGCUUCUGCCGGUGUUCCUUCAGACACGACUACCGUACUCAAUGUCCAUGAUGAAGAGUUGGAGAAGAACAGUCGACCGACAUCUAGAUCACUUCGCGAGCACACCCCAACCUCCUAUCUCCACAUUUCGAGAUCAAGCUUUUCGUUGAGAGUAUCUCUGAAUUCAAUGAUAAAUGACAUGAGUUCCCCAUUUGUACAUGAAACUGUUCUGGAUUAUGAAGACAUGAUUACAAAGGAACUCCAAAGGCUGCCGUCCGGCGGCGGCAGCCAUAGACAGGCGCACGGCAACGGAAGGAGAACAAUGGUAAGGAUAUUACUUGAUAUCCAACUUCGACAAUUUUUGGUUAUGCUCCACGCGCCCUUUGCACGUCAGACACAAACAAGCUCGCGGUAUUCCUUAUCCAGAAUCACUUGUCUCACUGCCGCUGCAGAGAUUGUACAACUCUACUCGGACUUAACUCAAACAGGAAAUUUCAUUCUUUUACUUCAGAGAAAUGAUUAUUUCCGAGCUGCCCUUGUGAUAUGUCAAAGUGCUUACACGAACCUGAUAACCAAAAACAAUUUGUUCAUAAAUUCAAAUAGCGCCGUGCUCAUCCAGUAUCUGGAAGAUGUUAUUGGGAUGUUAGAACAACGAAUUACACAACAUGGAACAGGGUACACCUACUACUGGUACAUUUCCGCCGCGUCUGCCUUCCUACAAUCCGUGUUGCUCCCAUCAGAAAGCACAAAAGAAAAGGAAGAAGCUAUAAAUAGGGUGACAAAACAGUAUUAUCGCGUAUUGGAAUCACAGGAAGAUAUAGGCAAAGCCAAGGAUAUGAUAAUGCCAGUACAUUCGACGAGUAUGACUUCGGCUAAAAAAUUUGAUACUUCCUAA